ACGUGAUGUGGAAUUAGAGCCUACCCAGCUGAAGCCACCCAACACUUACUACAAAUAUAGCCGCGAUGCGUAGGCCACAAAAUGGCUCCACUCACUUUUCCCAAUGAAAAGCAAAUGGAUUUAGCAGUUUUAUCCCGAUGCGGGUGUCCUUCCUCUCUGUAAAGUCGUAAGUACCUUGAGGUGGGAGGAGUAAAUUCAGCCUGACACUGAGAGCGCUUUUGUUGAAACAGGAGAGACUUGCUGUGUCCCUACUUAAAUAUGACACAUGACGAUGGACAGGACGCCCGCCCCGCCGCCCCCCAGUGACUCCCGCGAUGCCCGCCCCGCCCGGCGGCACGACUCGGAAGCGGAGACCACGAGCGAGCCGGAGAGCAGCCGCGGGGGCAUGGAGGCGCCGGCGGACCCCCAGCUGCUGCUCAACGGGGCGGCCAAGGAGGCGGGCCGGCCCUCCCCCGGGCCCCCCGCCGCCCCUGUGCCCGUCAUCGAGCUGGUGCGCCGGGGGGGCUCCCUGGACAUAAAAAGCCGUGAGGCGGCGGGGGAGGCGAUGCAGAGAGCGCCGGGAGCCGAGCCGUGCCGCGCCGCCGAGGCUGCCUGCGAGGCCCGCAUGGUGCAGCUGAGCCCACCCGCGCUCCCGCUGCAGCCCCCCGGCAGGGCCAUGCUCUACAACCUGGGCCAGCCGCUGGCCACCAUCAACAGCGGGUUUUUCGGCGAACCGGACUCCUUCUCCAUGUACGGCAGCAACCGGGUGAAGCGGAGACCCUCUCCGUACGAGAUGGAGAUCACCGACGGUCCUCACACGAAGGUGGUUCGUCGCAUUUUCACCAACAGCCGGGAGAGAUGGAGGCAGCAGAACGUCAACGGGGCCUUUGCAGAGCUGCGCAAGCUCAUCCCCACCCACCCGCCCGACAAAAAACUCAGCAAGAACGAGAUCCUGCGCCUGGCUAUGAAAUACAUCAACUUCCUGGCCAAGCUGCUCAAUGACCAGGAGGAAGAAGGAAACCAAAGGGGCAAGGUGAACAAAGACUCGGGGAUAGUCCAGGAAGACCUCCUGCAGGACAUGUUGUCCCCCAACUCCAGCUGUGGAAGCUCUUUGGACGGGGCGGCAAGCCCAGACAGCUUCACGGAAGAGCACGAGGCGCUGGAUUCGAAGCACACGCGGAGCCUGCACCACGCCAUCCUCCCCGUAGAAGGCAACACGCAGCGGUGAUGACCCCCACGCUGCUCCCAAAGAGCCACGGGGGAGAGGCCAGGCCUGGCUGUGCAGCUGCUGGAACUUGUGCCUGUGGGAUUUGUGACUCUGCCUUUCCCUGGGAGCUCGCUCUGCCCAGCCUGGCAUGCCGGCUGAGGACCAGACCGACCCAGAUGAACGUUCGGGGUUUAGGUACGCGACCGUACGAAGAAGAAAAGCGUUGAGGUCAUCUUCGUUGUACAGAACUGCUCGGGAUGGGACUCUGAGGAGGGGAAGGAGACAUGGCUGGCGCCUCCCCAGCGUUUAGAGGGUUUCCAGGCCACUUGGUGACCGUCUCUUUUCAAACAGUCAUCUGGGUAGAGACGUGGAACUCCUCUUCCACUGCCCGCGGAGGCCGCCGGCGCUUUCCAGCUCCACGUGGUGCUGGAAACUGCUGCAUCACGCCAGUGCUGCAGCACCUCUCCAGCCUGUGGCACAUCCAGCUGGUCUGAGCAGGAGCUUAGCCACAUAUUCCUGUUUCCGAGAGCUUUUGACUGUAUCUUUUUAAAGAGGUGAAAAAAUACCCUCAGCAAAAGAACUAUUAAAAGGAUUUAGACUAUUUCUUUUUCUCUCCUUUUUUCUGUCUUUCUUUUUUUUUUUCCCUUCCCUUUCUUCCUUUCUCUUCUAUUUGAUUUUGGAUUGUUUGGGCUUGUUGUAUUUAUGAUGUGGGAUUACUUCCGUUUAACACUGUCAUGCAGUAUCCACUGAAUGAAAAGGUACAUAGGUAUUUUCUGCCACCCUCCCAGUCCCUGAUCCUUCUGCUGGUAACACUCAGCAGGUGAAUUUCAAGCCUGCUGUGGUCUCCUAGGGUUUUUCCAGUGGGGCCAGAGCUUCUCUCGGGAAAGAUGAAUUUCAGAGUUGGUAAAGGAAGAAAAUAUUUGUUAGUGAAGUAUCUCUUUGGACUGGGGGAUUUUUAAAUUCAAAAAAGAAAAAAAAAAAAAAGGGCAAAAGGAGUCAAUGAUGUAUCAACAGUGUGCGUGUACAUAGAGUUAUAAAAAGGUUUUUUGAUGA